AUGAAUGGAAAAACAGCAGACGGUCGCUUCAAGGUCAUCAUUGUUGGUGCAGGCGUCAGUGGCCUGACUCUGGCUCAUACUUUCCACCAAGCCGGCAUCGAUUAUGUCGUCCUUGACAAGCAUCCCGUGGCUCCAGCAUGGGGUGCCAGCAUCAGUAUCUUCCCCAAUGGAAGUCGAAUCCUCGACCAGCUGGGGCUUUACGACAUAAUGAAUACUAAACAUACCGAAAUGCAAUAUUUCCACUGCCGUGGGUCUGACGGGAAAACAUUUUGUGCUGAGCCGUUUCUUAAAGAGAUCUCCGAUAGUUCUGGGUAUCUGGGAAUGACGAUAGAGCGGAGAAUCUUUCUUCAGACGCUGUAUGACGAGCUUCCUGAUAAGUCCAAGGUCAUUGAACAUGCCAGAGUUGUCAGCGUAGUAGAGGAGAAAGGUGCGGUCAAAGUCGUGCUUUCGGACGGGGUUGUCCACGAAGGCGACAUAGUCAUUGGCUGCGACGGCGCACACAGUGCUGUCAGGGAGAUCAUGUGGGAGCGCGCUCAUCAGCUGUCUCCCGGUCUGAUUACUGCCAGUGAGAAACAGACGAUGAAGGCGACAUAUACUUGCCUUAUCGGUGUCGCGCCAUACCAGCACGGCUUAGGGGCCAACGUUCUCAGCAGCGUCUCCAACGAUAGAUUUUCAUUCUUGUUCUUGACGCAACCAGAACAAAUUUUCUUCAUCGUACCUAUCAAGAUGCCGAACGGCCAGGUGAGCAAGUAUCCGAACCGCCUACGGUUCACCGAUGAAGAUGUCCAGGCGGAAGCCAACAAAAUUCUGGACUACCCCAUUUCAGACACUCUAGUGUUUGGUGACAUUUGGAAGACUCGUGUCCGGGGCCAGUUGGUUUCCCUCGAAGAAGGAAUUCUCUCCCAUUGGUCCUACGGGAGAAUUGUCCUGUGCGGUGAUGCCAUCCACAAGGUCACCCCUAAUGCCGGGCUCGGUGGCAACAUGGCCAUGGAGAGCGCUGUGGUGCUGGCCAACGAGAUAUUCGCCACCAUCCAACGGCAUCCGAACAAGAAGCCGAGUGACGAGGAAAUACGUCUUGCUUUCAAACGAUACCAUGAGAUCCGCACACCAAGAGUAAAGGAACUCUUCGACGUUAGCUGGUUGUUGACACGCUUGCAAGCAUACGAUGGAUGGGGCUGGUAUGUCGUCCAGCGAUGGAUUCUUCCCUUGGUGUUCAUGAAAGGAGCAAAGCAACUUGCCGCAACAAUGGCAGGCGCUCCGGUACUGAGCUUUAUCCCAUUCAAGCAACGUUCUGGCAAAGUCAACUGGAAGAAACAAGAUUGGGAAGUUGAGAACAAGGUCAAGCCACAGGUUGGGCAAAGCAAAGCCGCAUUGAAUGGGCUCAUUGCUUCUAUUGUAACUUCAGCAUUCAUCGCCUACACAGCAACUGUCUGGUAUUUUGGAGGUGGGAUGGAAAAGCCGCUCUUCUUGGCUAAAGCGCAACUUUCAGCGAUAGCCAAUUAG